AUGCCGGUGCAUUUAACGGCCGCCGACGCCCGCGACUUCCAGCAGUGUGGCGUCGCCUUCAUUCGCCACGCCCUCACUCCCGGAGAGGUGGACGUGUUGCGGUGUGGCAUCGAUGGCGACUACAGAAACUCGAACAUUGACCCGAACUGUGCCGGGCAGGGUGGCAGAAAAGGUACAAAGGUCUUCGAGGACUUUCCCGCCUACCGCAACCACCCCGAGUACUGGCAGAUUGCCUUUCAAAGCGAGCUCCCGAGAAUCGCUGCACAGCUGACCGGCAGUCGCACGAUUCGUCUGCAUCACGUUCAGGUGCACGUGGAUGUCCCGAAGGAUGAGGUGCGCACGCCGUGGCACAGUGAUGAACUCUUCUUCAACGUGGAUGGAAACCAAAACGUCAGCAUCUUCGUCGCGGUGGACCCCAUCCCUGCCGGCAGUGCAGAAUUCGUGUUGGGGUCGAACAAGUGGCCGGCAACGAUGCCGCGCUUCUUACGCGAUAUGUUUGCAAAGGAUCUGCCGGUGAGUGCGGUGCCGGAGCCGCCGAAUAUCGAGACGGCGCGCAACGAGUUCCCCGUUGUGUCGUGGGCCAUGGAACCCGGAGACUGCGUGGUGUUCAGCCUUCACACUCUGCACUUCCUGCGGUCGAGCACGGCGCUGCGGCGGGGCCUGUCGGUUCGCUACAUGGGCGACGACGCCGUCUACGCGCGGCGGCCGUGGAUGACCUUUCCCGCCUUCCCGGAGUUGGAGAGGGAUAACGAGGGCAUGGAGGUGGGUGCGCCAAUGCGGCACUCUGUCUAUCCGAUUGUGUACACGACGGAGACGAAGUUGUAA